CGUAAGCACGCAGAAAAGGGGCAGGCCGCGACUAUGAGCGCGCCGGCGCUGUGACGCUGUGGGCGCACUACGUUACGUUUGCGGGCGCGCUGCUGCGGUGUGGCCCUGUCUGACGACGCGUGUUAUUAUUGGCGAGUCGUCGCCGCUGAGACACCCGGGAGAUUGUGUAGAGGCGCCGGUGAGGUGACCGGGACAGGGGAGACGGGUGUGCGCUGUGCAGAGGAGGCACGGCUUCUGUUGCUGCAAAUCUAGAGGAAUAUACGGUGAAGAUGGCGGAUGUAAAGCCGAAUCCAAGCCCCAAGCUGAAAGAGGCGGACGAUAAUACGGAGGCCGAGAUGCCACCAGCCAAUAAAGACACCAAGGAGGUGACGCCCAUGAUUCAGUCCCUGGAGCAGGACGCCGCCGGUGGGGUGGGGGAGGCCGCUGAGCCCCCGGAGCCGCCUCUUCCUCCGGAGUUUGAUAAAUACUGGAAGAUGUUGGAAGCUAAUCCCGAUGAUUUCAGUAUCUGGACGUAUCUGCUGCAUUACGUAGAGCAAGAGAAUCACAUUCCUGCUUCCCGGAAAGCGUUUGACUUGUUUCUUACUAAUUACCCGUAUUGUUACGGCUACUGGAAGAAGUACGCAGAUUUGGAGAAGCGGAACAAUAACAUCAUGGAAGCGGAUGAGGUCUAUCGUAGAGGAAUUCAGGCUAUUACAUUAAGUGUUGAUCUGUGGAUACAUUAUAUCCAGUUCUUAAAAGAGACAUUGGAUCCUGCUGACCCAGAGACCUGUAAUACUCUGAGAGGAACGUUCGAGCAUUCCAUAAUGUCAGCAGGUUUAGACUUUCAUUCCGACAAGCUAUGGGAAAUGUAUAUAACCUAUGAAACUGAGCAAGGAAACCUAAGCGGAGUGACGUCUAUUUACAGCCGCUUGCUGGGGAUUCCUACACAACUUUACGCUUCACAUUUUCUUAAGUUUAAAGAGCACAUACAGGGCAAUCUACCGCGAGCAUUCUUAACAGAUGAAAAAUUUGUUGAGCUAAGAAAAGAAUUGGCUUCUAUGAAUCUGCAUAAUUCUAGCAUUGCAUAUCCAACUGGUCUGGAGGAGAUAACUGAUCCAGCACAGCGAACGACUGAAGUGGAGAAUAUGCGACACCGGAUCAUAGAAGUGCAUCAAGAGAUUUUUAACAUUAAUGAAACAGAAGUCCACAAACGGUGGCCCUUUGAGGAAGCAAUUAAACGACCCUAUUUUCAUGUGAAGUCUUUGGAAAAAGUGCAGCUAAAUAACUGGAAGGAGUAUUUGGACUUUGAAAUUGAGAACGGGUCACAUGAGCGAGUGGUUAUUCUGUUUGAGAGAUGCGUCAUUGCCUGUGCCUGCUACGAAGAGUUCUGGAUCAAGUAUGCCAAGUACAUGGAGAAUCACAGCGUGGAAGGCGUGAGGCAUGUCUACAACAGGGCCUGCAACGUCCAUCUUCAGAAGAAGCCUCUGGCUCACUACUUAUGGGCUGGAUUUGAGGAGCAGCAGGGUAAUAUUGAGGAAGCCAAGCGCAUAUUAAAAACAUUGGAAGCAUCUUUGAGUGGCCUGGCAAUGGUUCGAUUGCGGAGGGUCAACUUAGAACGGCGCAGCGGAAAUUUAAGUGAGGCCGAAAACCUGUUGUCCGAUGCUCUGAAAAACGCAAGCUCUACAAGUGAUCACACUUUUUACGCUAUUAAGCUUGCCCGACACUACUGCAAGAUUCAGAAAAACGUGGCGAAGGCAAAGAAAGUGUUAAACGAUGCUAUACAGAGAGACAAAGAAAACACAAAGUUAUACCUCAACCUGAUCGAUUUGGAGUUCAGUGAGGAUGUGACACAAAACGAAGCCAAUAUCUUGGCACAUUUUGAUAAAGUGAUAAAAAGCUCGAUGCCAAUAGCUACAAGAAUUCUCUUUUCACAAAGGAAAGUGGAGUUUUUGGAAGAUUUCGGUUCAGACAUCAACACAUUGUUGACCACCUACGAUGUGCACCAGAAGCUCUUAAAAGACAAAGAACAUCUAAAGAGGAAAUCUGAAAAUGGGUUGGAACAGCCAGAUGCAAAACGAUUGCACACAGAGGAAAGUGGAGUGAUGGCUGCUGGCCCAGUGGCCGGUGCCACUUUCCCCAACGCUGCUGGGCAACAAGCUUAUAACUAUAGCAACUGGUACCAGGAUUACAGCUAUCAGAACAACUGGAAUUUUGGACAGUAUUACCAUCCGCCUUCCACUUGAUGGCGCACCAACUCAUCCCAGAUUCUUUUCAGAAACGACAUUGACCUAAAUUAUAAAAUAUUCUAAUUUGUCUUUCACUUUGAGGAGGGAAAGUUUAUGGCAUUCUGUUGCUUUUCCUGAAAUUCACUGAAAUGGGGAAGAUUCAUUCCCUCCACCCAUCUCUCUAUAGUUUUCUGUGUUCCAGGUUUUCCUUCAUUGGAUGUGAGUAUGUAUAAUUCAAAUGUAGAUUUAUUUAGGUUUUUUUUCUUUUAAGUUUCUCCUGUUCCUGACAUUUUGUACAAGUGUUUAACCAAUCUUUUGGGACUAAUAAAAGCUGUACAAGUCUUUCUAUUAAGAAAUGUGUUUUAAAAAGGGACAUGUACACACAUGGCUGAAAACUUUCAGGAUAACGUUCUGAUUUGUUAUUACAUGAUGCAAAAUUUAUAUAUAUAUAUUUUUUUUUUUCUGUUGCAAAGCAUCUGGAUAGCGUAGAAGCGUUGUUCAUAUUCAUCGGUUUGUAACUUUUCUCCUUUUUAUCACUAUUUGUCUUGUUCUGUUAUUAAACAUGAUUGGCAAAUUGCCUCUUUUCCCCCUCUCUAUAGUAUACAUUAAAUAGACAUUGAAAUAAAUUGGUUUCAGCUUUC